CCGCGUACGGACCCGAAAAAAAUCCCGAUUCAGUAUUCACGGCCACGCGUAAUUUGAUUUCGUUGUAAACCGAUCCGCAUUAAAAAAAAAAUUUGAAAUGUGCGUCUCACAUACAAUCGAUUCCUUAAACACAGAUUUUAAACACAGGGGAGGUCGAUCUCCUCUUCGCCCCUCCCCUCAAUUAAAAUACGCCCCCGCGACGACACCACACAUAGGUUUAUCGCUUACAGCGGUCACCGCGUGCGAAAUCCACGCGCAUAGCGUAACGCUACACGAAAACGUAUGCAAAUCGUUCGCGUGCGUGCAACAGCCAUUUCACACACGUCGUAUCCGAUAACGAUAACGUCGUACAAGAGUGGUGCCUGACGGCCAUCGAAAAUGGAGUUUACCUUCCCCGUCCGCGUACAACGUCGCACGUCCGAAAGCGUUACUCACGGUCCCGUGCACGCCAGGACCGCCGCGGUCGCAGGACGCACGUGUGUACCACAACGUAUAACAUUCUAUACCGUACGCGAUCGACCGAACCGUGUUGCGCUUUCGCGCUCGUAUACAGGAUGUCCGAGCGCUCCGGUGCUCCCGGUCGGGUCCGGGACAUCGCUGUGGUACGAACGCUAUGGUCCUUUUCGACAUUUCACAGAGCCAACGAGCAUUUGAACCUUUGCGAUGUUCGACGCGUCCUGCCAUCGGCCUAAGCGCACCACCGCAACACGUUCUCCGCCGACGCGAUUCAUCCGAACAGUUUUAUUGCCGUCCAAAUUCCGCUUUCAAACCGCGAUUUAUCAUCAUUGAACACAAUGACAACGACGCUGUGCAAUAAAAUGGGACUUAUUCCCAAACAAAAACGGAUUAGAGUGAUGAUAAUGGGACAGCCCGGCGUGGGAAAAACUGCACUAUUGGUGAGGUUUGUGACAAAAAAGUUCAUCGGUGAUUACGAUCCUAAUCUGGAGAAAAUGUACACGUACCAAGUUUCCAUGGAAUCGGAAAUGGUAACCUUCGAGAUACUAGACACCGCAGGAUACGCCGUUCAAGACAAAUCUUACAACUUGGAAAUGAACAUGCGCUGGGCAGAUGUGUUCGUUUUGGUUUAUUCCAUCACGGACAAAUGUUCGUUUGACGAUUGCAGUAGGAUCAAGUUUUUGAUUAACUACUACAAAAAGAAACGUCGACUUUCGACUAAAGAUCAUCCAUUUGAGGUGCCAGUGAUAUUGGUUGGUAACAAAGUGGACCAACAGUAUGAUCGAAUGGUGACGUAUGCUGAAGGUCGAAAACGGUGUCAGGAGCUCGGUUGCGUGGCUUUUCACGAAAUUUCAGUACGAGAAGACGUGGAUCAGGCAUACGCAGUUUUUAAGGAAGUUUUUACUAGCUGGAAAGCAUUAUCAAAGAAUCCAAAGCUGAAACGUUCUUCUUCUGAUCACGGUGCUGAAGCAUUCUUCAAUUCGGCAUCAAAAUUCAUAAGUUGGCCGCUGGUAUUUGGCGAGAGCGCUUGCGGCAGUCCGUCCAAUCGAUCCGAAGACACGCAGGAAUUCAGGGCAAGAGCGUCGACGGAGGGACACAUACGAUCAAGCGUGGCAGUCUGCAGAUAUUUGCCCUCGUUGUCGGCUAGAGGAAGUAUCUGUAGUUACUUGAAAAAAUAAACGAAAGUCAUAGUGGAGCGCGUCAGUGAAAAAAACCCAGCAACGAGAUGCGCGAAUAUUUUGCGUUGUAAAUAAAAUGUGCAAUUCUAAGUAGUUAAAAAAAAUGGAUGCGCAAAAUUAUCUAGGUCAAAUAUACGGAGGAGAGAACUACGCGCCCUAUGAAAUUCAUAAAUAAAAUUAAACUUAUAAUUAUUUCUUAAUCUAUGUACCACCUAUAAUUGUUAUUUUUAAUUGCUUUAAAAAAAAAAAAAAAAACCAGUAUAUUUUAUUAGAGAUCUGCAGUUAAUAUAAUAGCGUAAAUAAUGAAUAGUAUAUUAUUAAUACUCGUAUAUCAACAAAAUUUUAUAUAAUCUAGGAGUUUUGAAAUUAUCAAAAAUAUUGGCACGAGCGAAGGCCAUGUUAGAAAACAUAAUUCAACGUACAAACAAAACUACUGAACCGAUUCAUUUGAAAUUUCGUUCCAUUUGUUUUAUAACCCACACUUACACAAAACUAGGCUUUAAAUAAUGUAGGGUUUAAUAAUUCAUUAAAAACUAUCUCGGCCAAAACUGUUCAGUGCGAAGCCGGGUAAUUUAACUAGUUACUAAUAAAACAGCAUAUACUAAUAA